AUGGUAGCCUCUGUUACCAACGACCUGGUGUGGCAGAACAAGGCACUGCUCGUCUGCAUUGACGCUACAUGCGUACUGGCAAGGCUGGAAUACGUCGACUUUUCGGACAAUUGGCUCCCGCUUCUCCGCAAUGAGCAACGCGCCGAACCGCCGACCAAGGGAUACCCCCCUCCGCCAAAAACCAGUCUUGAUCGAGUCGUUCUUGUCAGGGAAAUCAAGUCAGGCGACCUUAUCCACAUUGAUGCCUGCAUUAACCGAGCUUGGGGAUCUUCGCUCGAGGCCGGAGUACGAGUACUCCUUGAAGACAUGGACUCUGGCGAAUUGAUUUACUGCUGUCACGGACCUCUCCUCUCGACUCGCGGUAUCUAUUCGCUGGAAGACGUAGAGUUAUGCGUACUUCCCGUCCACCUGAAGACCUUUACAGGUCUUCGUAAGGCUGUGGUUGACAUGAUUCCGGCGCAUGCGAAGCGACAAUGGGCCUCCGAGUCUGGGUCGUCCCAGUCGUCGGCUCCCGGAUCGGGUAGGGCCUCACCCAGAGCGGAACAAGAUAAUCGACAAGCGCGGGAGCUACGCAGCCUGGAACUGGAGUUGCUUGCCGAUGCUUUGGAAGCACAGGACCCGCAUGUCCACAUCGAUGAUGGGGAUAUCGUGCGAGCUGAGUUGAGGUGUACGGGCCGGAUGCACCAGCCGCACCACGCGCGUACCUUGAGCACAUUUAGAGAAGCGAAAGAGAGGAAGAAGACCUACAUGGGUCGAGUUGAGGCCUGA